AUGGCUCCCCUCACUACCAACCUCGUCGCGUUCUUCUUGUGCCUCGCUCUGACUCCCGCGUCUAUGGCUGGCCCCAUCCCAUCCCGCACAAUGCCAACGCCGUCCAACUUGGUGCUUGUCACGUCGUCAGCGUCAGCAAGUGACGUCCCUCCUGACCCAGUGUUUACAUUUGGUCCCGGCGGUCUCCCGCCCGUGUCAGCACCCACCACCACGAACGCGCAGUCAACCGCAUCGGUAACUGCGCCUGUCCUUGAGAUGGACUGGCUGUCCUGA